AUGUCCUUCCCACCACCACCUCCCCCUGGAUGGGGUCCUCCUCCGCCGCCGCCCCCUCCUCCAUCCUCAUCGCUUCCUCCGCCUCCUGCUGCACCAGCACCUCCUCCGCCUGGGUAUCGCCCCCCGACCGAUCCUCAAAUCGCCAAGUUCGCCCAGAAGAAGAAGGAAUGGCUGCGGAAUCAGCGCAAUCGCUUCGGUGAGAAGCGCAAGGGCGGCUUUGUCGAGACACAGAAGGCAGACAUGCCGCCAGAGCACUUGCGCAAGAUCGUCAAGGAUAUUGGUGAUGUGUCGCAAAAGAAGUACACCAGUGACAAGCGCAGUUAUCUGGGUGCACUGAAGUUCAUGCCUCACGCCGUCAUGAAGCUUCUCGAGAACAUGCCGAUGCCUUGGGAGUCGGCCAGAGAGGUCAAGGUUCUCUACCACGUCAACGGCUGCCUGACAUUGGUGAACGAGAUCCCAAGAGUCAUCGAGCCGGUCUUCUUUGCGCAGUGGGCGAUGAUGUGGACGUUUAUGAGGAAAGAAAAGGCCGAUAGACGACUGUUCAAGCGUAUGCGAUUCCCUCCCUUCGACGACGAAGAACCGCCACUGUCAUGGUCCGAGAAUAUCGAGGACGUCGAGCCCCUCGAGCCGAUUCAGAUGGAACUGAACGAAGACGAGGAUGCUGCUGUAUACGAAUGGUUCUACGACCACCGACCCCUGCUCGAUCACGAAGGAGGCCACGUCAACGGCCCGAGUUACAGAACAUGGAACUUGAACUUGCAACAGAUGGCCACUCUCUUCCGAUUGAGUCGACCUCUGAUCUCAGACGUGGUGGACAAGAACUACUUCUACCUCUUUGAUUUGAAGAGUUUCUUGACAGGAAAGGCACUCAAUGUCGCCCUCCCUGGUGGUCCCCGUUUUGAACCCCUGUACAAGGAUAUUGAUCCCAAUGACGAGGACUUUGGAGAGUUCAAUGCGAUUGACCGCAUCAUCUUCCGCAACCCGAUCCGAACCGAGUUCCGUGUGGCCUACCCCUACCUCUACAACUCGCUGCCUCGAAGCGUUCACUUGGCGUGGCACUCGUACCCUCAGACGGUAUUCGAGUACUCGCAAAACCCUGACCUUCCUGCAUUCCACUUCGAUCGCAGAAUCCACCCUAUCUCGUCUCGCGCGGUCGCGCCGAAGAAUCUGACUGUGAGUCACGAAGAUGAGAUUUUCGGACCAGGCAACAACAAGGAGCCAGAGGAUGAUGCGUUUGAGCUUCCCGCGGACUUUGAGCCUUUUCUCGAAGAGGAGGAUUUGUCCAACGAAGAUACCGCAUCCGCGAUCGAGUUGUGGUGGGCUCCUUUCCCGUUUGACCGCCGUUCAGGCAAGAUGGUCCGCGCUCAGGAUGUUCCUCUCAUCAAGCAGUGGUAUUUGGAGCACCCUCCUUCAGACAAGCCUCCUGUCAAGGUUCGCGUGUCUUACCAGAAGUUGCUGAAGAACUUCGUUCUCAACGAGCUUCACAAGAAGAAGCCCAAGGCGCAACAAAAUCAGAACCUAAUGCGCAACCUCAAGCAAACAAAGUUCUUCCAGCAAACCACCAUCGACUGGGUGGAAGCAGGUCUUCAAGUCUGUCGACAGGGUUUCAACAUGCUCAACCUUCUAAUUCACCGGAAGAACCUCACCUACCUUCAUCUCGACUACAACUUUAAUCUGAAGCCCGUUAAGACCUUGACCACCAAGGAGCGAAAGAAGUCCCGUUUCGGAAACGCAUUCCAUUUGAUGCGUGAAAUCCUGCGGUUGACGAAGCUGAUUGUAGACGCCCAAGUGCAGUACCGACUGGGCAACAUCGAUGCUUUCCAGCUGGCGGACGGUAUCCUGUACGCUUUCAACCACGUCGGCCAGCUCACCGGUAUGUACCGUUACAAGUACAAGCUCAUGCACCAGAUUCGUUCGUGCAAGGAUUUGAAGCACUUGAUUUACUACCGCUUCAACUCUGCACCCGUCGGCAAGGGUCCUGGUUGUGGUUUCUGGGCCCCAGCUUGGAGAGUCUGGCUCUUCUUUAUGCGUGGUAUCAUUCCUCUUCUCGAGAGAUGGCUUGGUAAUCUUCUGUCCCGUCAGUUCGAGGGUCGUCACAGCAAGGGCGUUGCGAAGACUGUCACCAAGCAGCGUGUUGAGUCGCACUUUGAUCUCGAAUUGCGUGCCUCCGUCAUGGCUGAUUUGAUGGACAUGAUGCCCGAGGGUAUCAAGCAGAACAAGGUCAACACCGUCUUGCAGCACUUGUCUGAGGCCUGGCGAUGCUGGAAGAGUAACAUCCCUUGGAAGGUACCUGGUCUGCCCGCGCCUAUCGAGAACAUCAUCCUUCGUUACGUCAAGGCCAAGGCAGAUUGGUGGAUUUCCGUUGCUCACUACAACCGCGAGCGUAUCCGCCGUGGUGCAACUGUGGACAAGACUGUUGCCAAGAAGAAUGUUGGACGUCUCACCCGACUGUGGCUCAAGGCUGAGCAAGAGAGACAACACAACCACAUGAAGGACGGUCCUUACGUCUCGUCCGAGGAGGCCGUCGCCAUCUACACAACUACCGUCCACUGGUUGGAGUCUCGCAAGUUCUCUCCAAUUCCCUUCCCCAGUGUCUCAUACAAGCACGACACCAAGAUUCUCAUUCUCGCGUUGGAACGCUUGCGCGAAGCAUACUCAGUCAAGGGACGCCUCAACCAGAGCCAACGCGAAGAAUUGGCUCUUAUCGAACAGGCAUACGACAGUCCCGGUACAACCUUGGAACGAAUCAAGCGUUUCCUGCUGACGCAGCGCGCCUUCAAGGAGGUUGGCAUUGAUAUGAACGACAACUAUAGCACCAUCAACCCCGUUUACGAUAUCGAGCCGAUCGAGAAGAUCAGUGAUGCCUAUCUCGACCAGUACCUGUGGUACCAGGCCGACCAACGCCACCUGUUCCCUGCCUGGAUCAAGCCUUCUGACUCUGAAGUCCCCCCUCUUUUGACGUACAAGUGGGCCCAGGGUAUCAACAACCUGGACAAGGUUUGGGAGACUGAGAACGGAGAGUGCAAUGUCAUGAUCGAGACGGAACUGUCCAAGGUCUACGAGAAGAUUGAGUUGACCCUGCUCAACUCGCUUCUUCGUCUGAUUAUGGAUCACAACUUGGCGGACUACAUCACGGCGAAGAACAACGUCCAAUUGACGUAUAAGGACAUGAACCACGUCAACAGCUACGGCAUGAUUCGUGGUCUGCAGUUUUCUGCUUUCGUGUUCCAAUACUACGGCCUUGUCCUCGACCUUCUUCUCCUCGGUCCUCAGCGUGCCAGCGAGAUCGCAGGCCCGCCUCAAAGCCCCAACGACUUCCUCCAGUUCCGCGACAAGGAAACGGAAACGAGACACCCUAUCCGUCUGUACACUCGUUACAUCGACAAGAUCUGGGUCUUUCUGCGGUUCACUGCCGAUGAGUCACGCGAUCUCAUCCAGCGUUUCCUUACCGAGCAGCCCGACCCCAAUUUCGAGAAUGUUAUCGGAUACAAGAGCAAGAAGUGCUGGCCGCGAGACUCGCGUAUGCGUUUGAUGAGACACGACGUUAACCUGGGCAGAGCCGUGUUCUGGGAUCUCAAGAACCGUCUGCCCCGUUCGGUCACGACGAUUGAAUGGGACGACAGUUUCGCGAGCGUCUACAGUCGCGACAACCCGAACCUUCUGUUCUCGAUGUGCGGUUUCGAAGUCCGGAUCCUGCCCAAGUGCCGGAACCAAAACGACGACUUCUCUGUGAAGGACAGCGUGUGGUCUCUGGUCGACAAUACCACCAAAGAGAGAACAGCUCAUGCAUUCCUCCAGGUUACGGAAGAAGACAUCCAGAAGUUCAACAACCGCAUCCGCCAGAUUCUCAUGUCUUCUGGAUCGACGACGUUCACAAAGAUUGCGAACAAGUGGAACACUGCUUUGAUCGCACUCUUCACUUACUACCGUGAAGCCGCUGUCUCGACUGUCAGCUUGCUUGACACCAUUGUCAAGUGCGAAACCAAGAUCCAAACGCGAGUCAAGAUUGGUCUUAACUCAAAGAUGCCUUCUCGUUUCCCUCCGGCUGUGUUCUACACUCCCAAAGAAUUGGGAGGUCUGGGCAUGAUUUCCGGCUCCCACAUCUUGAUUCCCGCCAGUGACAAGCGCUGGUCGAAACAGACCGACACUGGUGUCACCCACUACCGCGCGGGUAUGACACAUGACGAGGAGACUCUGAUUCCCAACAUCUUCCGUUACAUCAUUCCUUGGGAGGCCGAGUUCAUCGACUCUCAGCGCGUCUGGACGGAAUACUCUCAGAAGCGCAUGGAGGCGAACCAGCAGAACCGUCGUCUCACUCUGGAGGAUCUCGAGGACAGCUGGGACCGCGGUCUGCCUCGUAUCAACACCCUCUUCCAAAAGGACAGAAGUACCUUGAGUUUCGACAAGGGUUUCCGUGCCCGUGCCGAGUUCAAGAUCUACCAGCUCAUGAAGAACAACCCCUUCUGGUGGACCAGUCAGAGACACGACGGAAAGUUGUGGAACCUCAACGCGUACCGAACCGAUGUUAUCCAAGCCCUGGGAGGUGUUGAGACCAUUCUCGAGCACACUCUGUUCAAGGCAACCGGUUUCCCGUCCUGGGAGGGUCUCUUCUGGGAGAAGGCUUGUCUUGCCAAGGGAACAAAGCUGCUGCGUUACAAUGGCAGCGAGGUUGCUGUCGAGCACGUGAAGGAGGGCGACCUGCUUCUUGGACCUGACGGUAGAGAGCGCCGUGCCUUCAACAUUGUCAGUGGCACGGAUCGUUUGUACCGCAUCAAGAUCGGAGGCGGCAAGGAGGACCUUGUGGUCACGCCAAACCACAUCCUCGUUCUCCAUCGGGAGAAGGAGACGGGCGGCGCGGAAGGCUACGACACGGUCGAAAUGACGGCCUUUGACUUCGCGGCGCUGGACGAGGCCGAGAGGCGCCAUCUUCGGGCUCCCAGGUCUACCAGCUUCAAGCAACUCGACCAGCCAGAAGUGCACAACUUCGCUAUUGAAAGCAUCACUCUCGAGACCGAGGCCACGGAGUGGGCUGGUUUCAAAGUCGAUGAAGACCAGCUCUACCUCCGACACGAUUACCUCGUGUUGCACAACAGUGAGUCGAUGAAGUUCAAGAAAUUGACCAACGCUCAGCGAUCCGGUCUCAAUCAGAUUCCCAACCGUCGCUUCACUCUCUGGUGGUCCCCGACAAUCAACCGCGCGAACGUCUACGUUGGUUUCCAAGUCCAACUUGAUCUCACAGGUAUCUUCUUGCACGGAAAGAUCCCAACGCUCAAGAUCUCGCUCAUCCAGAUCUUCCGUGCCCAUUUGUGGCAGAAGAUCCACGAGUCCGUCGUCAUGGACUUGUGCCAGGUCUUCGACCAGGAACUGGAAUCACUCGGUAUCGAGACGGUUCAAAAGGAGACGAUUCAUCCCAGAAAGUCGUACAAGAUGAACAGUUCUUGUGCGGAUAUUCUGCUCUUUGCCAGUCACAAGUGGAACGUCACCCGACCCUCGUUGCUGUUCGACACCAAGGACGUUAUGGAGCCGACUACGACCAACAAGUUCUGGAUCGAUGUUCAGCUGAGAUACGGCGACUACGAUUCUCACGACAUCGAAAGAUACACCAGAGCCAAGUACCUCGACUACACGACAGACAGCGCCAGUAUCUACCCCUCGGCCACCGGUCUGAUGAUCGGUAUCGAUCUGGCCUACAACCUGUACUCUGCCUACGGCAUGUACUUCCCCGGUCUGAAGGUGCUGAUUCAGCAGGCUAUGGCCAAGAUCAUGAAGGCCAACCCUGCGCUGUACGUCUUGAGAGAGCGUAUUCGCAAGGGUCUGCAACUUUACGCCUCUGAGAGCAACCAGGAGUUCCUGAACUCCCAGAACUACUCCGAGCUCUUCAGUAACCAGACACAACUGUUCAUUGACGAUACCAACGUCUACCGUGUGACCAUUCACAAGACUUUCGAGGGUAACUUGACGACUAAACCCAUCAACGGUGCCAUCUUCAUCUUCAACCCCAGAACCGGUCAGUUGUUCUUGAAGAUUAUCCACACCAGCGUUUGGGCGGGCCAGAAGCGUUUGGGACAGUUGGCGAAGUGGAAGACUGCAGAAGAAGUGGCGGCCCUCAUCCGAUCGCUGCCUGUCGAGGAACAGCCCAAACAGCUGAUCGUCACACGAAAGGGUCUGCUGGAUCCUUUGGAAGUGCACCUGCUCGACUUCCCUAACAUCUCCAUUCGUGCCUCCGAGCUGCAGCUUCCUUUCCAGGCCGCGAUGAAGGUCGAGAAGUUGGGAGACAUGAUCCUCCGCGCUACCGAGCCGCAGAUGGUCCUUUUCAACCUGUACGACGAGUGGCUCAAGAGCAUCUCUUCGUACACCGCGUUCUCGCGUCUCGUCCUCAUCCUGCGUGCGCUGCACGUGAACCCGGACAAAACGAAGCUCAUCCUCCGGCCCGACAAGACGGUCAUCACCCAGGACCACCACAUCUGGCCGACGCUGUCCGACGAGGACUGGAUCAAGGUCGAAACGCAACUCCGCGACCUCAUCCUCAACGACUACGGAAAGAAGAACAACGUCAACGUCUCCAGCUUGACGAGCAGCGAAGUCCGCGACAUCAUCCUCGGUAUGGAAAUCUCCGCGCCGUCCAUGCAACGCCAGCAGGCCGCGGAAAUCGAGAAGCAGCAGCAGGAGCAGCAGCAGCUGACGGCCGUCACGACGAAGACGCAAAACGUCCACGGCGAGGAGAUCAUCGUCACUACCACCUCCCAGUUCGAGCAGACCACCUUCGCCUCCAAGACGGAGUGGCGCACCCGCGCCAUCGCCACCUCGAACCUCCGCACAAAGGCGAACAACAUCUACGUCUCCUCCGUCGACAACGACGCCGACGACGUCACCUACGUCAUGCCCAACAACAUCCUCAAGCGCUUCAUCACCAUCGCCGACCUCCGCGUCCAGGUCGCCGGCUACCUCUACGGCUCCUCCGCCCCCGACAACGACCAGGUCAAGGAGAUCAAGUGCAUCGUCAUGAUCCCCCAGAUCGGCGGCCUCCGCAACGUCCAGCUGCCCCAGCAGCUCCCCCAGUCCGAGUUCCUCGAGGGCAUGGAGGCCCUCGGCGUCAUCCACACCGCCUCCGGCUCCGAGCUCCCCUACAUGUCCGCCGCCGACGUCACCGAGCACGCCCGCCUCCUCGACGCCCACCCCGAGUGGGACAAGCACGACACCGUCACCGUCAACGUCGCCUUCACGCCCGGCUCCGUCUCCCUCUCCGCCUGGGGCCUCACGCCGCAGGGCUACAAGUGGGGCGCCGAGAACAAGGACACCGGCAGCGACCAGCCGCAGGGCUUCACCACCACCAUGGGCGACAAGCGCAAGCUCCUCCUCAGCCCGCGCUUCCGCGGCUUCUUCCUCGUCCCCGAGAACGGCAUGUGGAACUACAGCUUCAUGGGCUCCGCCUUCGCCGGCAUGGAGAAGAAGCCCAUCCACGUCAAGCUCGACACUCCCCUGCCCUUCUACAGCGACCAGCACCGUCCCGUCCACUUCCACAGCUUCGCCGAGCUCGAGGACAUAUGGGUCGACAGGCAGGACAACUUCGCGUAA